UUUUCUUUCUCAAACCGAACAUUCAAGCAUUUACUUCUGCAUUGUAUUUCUUUCAACGGCUCCAUUCACCCACGCCAGCUGCUCUGUUUCUCAUCUCCGUAGCUGCGCGAUUCCUGCUUCCUCUUCCCUUCCAGUGUCAUCAUGUCGCAAAGAUUCGGAACCUCGUCCCUCCACCAGCGCGACUCCCGCAGCGUCCUCUUCGCCGGCUACACGGGCGACCAGUCACAGCGCGGCGGCGGCGGCCGACCCAGCCCGUCUCCCUCUCCCAACGCCGGCGUAGGAGGGGGCUAUGGCUACAGCGGCUACGGGGGCUACUCCCCCUCGAUGAUGGGCAGCAACGGCUACGGCGACGCAGGGAGCCCGUCGCAUGGGUACCGGAGCGCGACGCCGAACCGCAAGGGCCAGUAUAGCGACGCGGUGCUCAACGAGCUGGAGAGCCAGAACGACGAGCAGGUGUCAGGGAUACUGGGCAAAGUCAAGGUUCUGAAAGACAUGACGGUGGCCAUUGGCGACGAAAUCCGCGAAUCCUCCGCCCUCGCCGAGAAGAUGAACGACACGUUCGACUCGACCCGCGUGCGCCUCCGCGGCACCAUGAACCGCAUGCUCAUCAUGGCCCAGCGCAGCGGCAUCAGCUGGAAGUGGUGGCUGCUCUUCUUCCUCGCCGUCGCCGCCCUCUUCAUAUACGUCUGGCUGUUUUGA